AUGGUUACCGUGCGUUUCGACAACGAUCCAGAAUGGGCCCGCUCGGCCAGAGAACUUAAGUCGACAGGUUCCCUCACUGGCAAACCAAAUGAACAUUUCGAAGCAAAACCGAAGACUAAGCCGAAGACUAAGCCGGAGCCCGAGUGGAAGACGGCUUCUUUACGAAAAAAGGAGGCCGAUAAACCCACCAAGACGCAGUCGGAGUAUUGGGAGGAGGCGCGGCCGGACUGGGCAAAAGGAAAGAACCCUGUCGAUAAACCCAAGAUCCCUGAAAAACCCAAACCCAAAGCGAAAGAUUACUGGAAAGAAGCAAGACCCGAAUGGAGCAAAGGAAAAAGCUCCGUCGCCAAACCUACUGCAGGAGAUAUUAAAAAGAUAGAGGAGAAGAAGAAGUACGAGUAUCCAAAACCUGACUGGGCAACUCGAGGGAGGAACAAAGAUAAGAUGCAGGCGUCAGACGAACAAGAUGGCAACAAAGGUCUUCUUAAAGCCGAGUUGGAAAACAUAUUUGGAAAACCCAAACCGAAAGAGGCGGGUAGUCAUCGAGUAGUGAAAAGACGCCAUUCCUCCGAGGGCAUCGAGGAAAGUUAUCGAGCAAGCAUACGAAAAUUUGCAGACCAUCGUCGCAGUCUGAUAGUGAAAACAAAACAUCGACCAACGUCCAAUCCUGUUAAGCAGCUGUUGUCACGCGAGGAUGUAAGAAGUGAGCUGUAAGGUGUGGAUUGGAGUCUAAGAAUGUCAGUAUCUACGUUCCGUUUGUCUAAAUUAGCGUGCAGACACGCGAUGAGAAUUCAUUCUCAUCAAGUACCAAGUGGCUUAAAAGGGUGAAUGAAUCGGUCGGCUUCAUCUGGUAAAUUGCUCUUUUCCUUCCUCUUUCAAGGUUACA